AUGAACCGGCGAUGGACCGCCAUGUUUCGAACGUAUGGGCUCCUAUGGAAGCUUCGCUACCAGGCAUUUGAUAACAUCGCACACUCGUCCAUCCUGAAGGCAAUCACAGACCUUGGGCUUGGGCGUUGGUUCCAUGACUUUGCCCGCUCCUUCCUUACCCGCCGCAAGGCCGUCCUACGCGCAGGGGACCUUGUGUCGGAAGCAGCCGAGCUCGUACAGCGGGGCACCCCUCAGGGAUCAGUCCUCUCGCCGAAGCUUUUCAAUCUCGUGAUGAUCGGGCUCUCCGAACGACUGUCGAAGAUCAACAGGCUAAACCACACCAUUUACGUGGACGACAUAACCAUCUGGUGCUCCGCAGAGUUGGAUGGCUUCAUCGAAUCCGUCCUGCAGGAGGCCGUCGAAACCGCUGAGUCCUACCUCGAACACACUGGUCUCAAGUGCUCCCCCACCAAGUCGGAACUGUUACCGUACUUGCCCAAACGUCGGGGUGCCAAGCCCAGAGGGUGGAAACCCCCAGCUGAACGCAACAUCACCCUCCGUAGCAGGGCCGGCCGUAACGUCUCCAAGGUACCCUCCAUCAGGGCCCUGGCCUUGAUCAUCAAGUUUCUAGGAACAAUAACACCCAAAUGGUGA